AUGCGCACAAGUUCUACAGCUACAAGGAAGUGUUGUCGGCAACUCCAAACUAUAUACCCCGACGCCACGUUGGUUCCCAUCGAAUGCGAUUUGCAAUCGUUCGAAUCGGUCAAGAAUGCCAUUGCCGAAAUCAAGUCCAAGUACAGUGAGACGGGCAUUUAUUGUAUGGCCUGCAAUGCUGGGAUCAUGGCCACACCCGACAAGGCAACCGUCGAUGGAUACGACACUCAAAUGCAAACCAAUCACCUGUCGCAUUUUCUAUUGAUUGAAGAACUCAUGGAACAGAGUAGAUAA